AUGGCGGAAAAUCCCAUUCCGGGACCUUCAGUAUCGAAAAGAUUAAGGUUUAGGGAUCCUAGAAAUCUAAACGACGAAGAACUACGUCAAUUGGCAUAUCUUUCUGAGGAUUGCUUAGACGACGAACCAUUUGAAGACUCCGGAAGUGAAUGGAGUGGUGCAGAAGAUAUAAUCGAAGAGGCAGUAAACUCCUUGGAAAGCGACUCCGGGCAUUCAAAUGAUGAGGCGGAAGUCCCUUCAUUGAGCGAAAUGUGGACAGAGGGCCCUCCGCAAUUAAAAAAAAUAUGUUUACUGGGCAGCAACGAUUGA